GUGAUAUACUGCGAUUGACUAAGAGUUGACAUUUUGUUGAUACUCUAUCAUGUACAUGAACUUUGUUAAAGUGUCUUUGUUUCUCUGAGAUUGGGACUUCUUGUGGCCGUCCGUGGGUAUAUACUUUCUUACCCUAACCGUCUGUUCCCAUCAUCACCAUUAUCAUCAACAUAGACAGCAUCAAACAUCACCAUCAACAUGUCCAAACCCGACUCUCCCAAUGCCUCCCAAUGCACACCUUCCCCAACGGACGACCCCCUCACCCUCCACGAAUUCGAACAAGCCGCCAAAGCCCGACUCCCCGCACACAUCUACGAGUUCUACGCCUCCGGAUCCGAUCAACAAAAUGCCCUAGCCCGCAAUGAAGCAGCAUUCAACCGCCUCUGUAUCCGCCCCCGCGUCCUCAUCGACGUCUCCGAAGUCGACACCUCCACCACCCUGUUCGGCUGGAAAGCCGCCCUCCCCAUCGGCAUCGCCCCAAGUGCUAUGCAACGUCUAGCCGGAGGAGAAGGGGAACUCGAUGUCGCUACCGCAGCGGCAAGCAUGGGUCUAAACCUGACUCUAUCCUCCCAAUCAACAACCUCCCUAGAAGACGUCGCGGAAGCCCGCAAUCGCAUCAAAACCGGAGACAUCCCGCCCCCUCCCUUCUGGAUGCAGAUCUACCUUUACGAGGAUGUACAAAAGAGCAUUAAUCUGAUCCGUCGAGCUGAAGCGGCCGGCUACCAAGCCCUCAUCCUAACCGUCGACACCCCCGUCCUAGGAAACCGUCUCGCGGAACGUCGCACGGCAGUGACUCUCCCGGCGGGAAUGACCCUCCCCAACCUGGACCCGCCCGCCCCCAACAACCCCGGGGCAAACCCCGAUGCACCCCCCCAACCGAGCAUAAACCGCCAACUCAUGAACGCGCGCACCGCCCAUUCCGCCCGUGCCCUCCGCACUGCCGCCGGCUCACAGAUGCACAGCAGUAGCCUAACCUGGCACACCACCAUCCCCUUCCUCCGCCGCACCACGUCCAUGAAACUCAUCCUAAAGGGAAUAAUGACUCCCGAAGACGCCCGUUUGGCAAUCCAACACGGCAUCGACGGCAUAAUCGUCUCGAACCACGGCGGUCGACAACUCGAUGCCACGUGCUCCACGCUCGAAGCCUUGCCGGAUAUCGUGAAUGCCGUAGCGGGUGCUAUUCCGGUGAUUUUGGAUGGCGGGGUGCGGUCGGGCGCGGAUGUGUUUAAGGCGUUGGCGGUCGGGGCGGAUUUUGUGCUUGUGGGGAGGCCGGUGUUGUGGGGGUUGGCGGUGGGGGGGAAGGAGGGGGUGCGGGGGGUUAUGGAUGUGUUGGAGAGGGAGUUGAGUAGGACGAUGGCGUUGGCGGGGGUGAGGGAGGUGGGGGAGAUUGGGAGGGAGAGGGUGGGGGUGUUGAGGAGGGAGGGGUUUGGGAGGUUGUUUGUGUGUUUAGGUUACGACUCUGGUGUUGAGAAUUUGGAUGGAGAAUAG